AUGUCUCAUGCCGGAAAACUUGCCGUUUUCCUUUGCGUGGUCCUGGCAAUUCAGAUGACAGGGGCUCUCCACCAUCGCCUUCACAAGGAUCAGCAACGUCCGAAAAUCGACGCUGAAUGGCUGCGCACUUCUCGGGUAUACUGGCCUUUUAUUGUGGGUAUCUUGCAAACCAGCUCAUUUUCAGGGUGAUCUUAAGGACAAGGACACGGUCAUCCACGGACAGUUCACUUGCGGAGGUGCCGGAGUCUUCGGACUGCGUCCUCACCUCAGAAAUCCCCGCUAUCCCGACGAGCUCGUGGCCAUCACCACCACCAACAAAAACGGAUUCUACCGUCUUUCCGCCGGCGACUCGUACCUCCUCGCCGACUUCCUCCAACUGUUCGUCCGCCAUCAAUGCAAGAUUGACGCUCUCCCACCGAACCCGAACUGCGCCGUCCCGUACUACACCACGAUGGUGUCUCUCGACAUCCGCAACACCUCCUACAUGGAGGUUAGUUACUCAAAAGUAUCUUAUUAGAUUAAAACGCGAAAACAUUUCAGCACAACAUGGACCUCUCCCGUUCCCAAGUGUACUCCACUUCCGAUUGCCUUUGGUAA